GCGUAUUUCGCGUUCGUCGCUCGCCGAGUCCACACGUGCUGCUGCUCCCGGUCGUGAUCCGAUCCGUGAUCGUGAUCCGUGAUCCCCGAUCCCCAGUGUGCCUGCCAAACACAUAAAAAAAAAAAGAAAAGAAUUUAAUAUACAAAUUUCCAAAUAAAUAUAUCAGAAUAAGAAAAACAUCCAAAGUGCCGACCAGUGUUAGUGCAUAUUCUUUUUUUUAUUGUUGUUGUUAUUGUCGCUGCCUGUUACCGUUACCUUGCCUAAGAGCAAGACACCAAGAAAGAGAAAGAACGAGAAGAGAGUAGAGAAGACACGUUCCCGUGAAAGCCGGGAUUUCACAAAAGCACGGAAAUACAAGGAGUCCACUGCAGCCGCAAUAGAUCACGUAUCCAAGACAGCUGUGUCUUGACCAUCGGAAAGAUUACUCUUUAUCGAUCCGAUCGCCACGCCCACAGCGCCAUCAUGUGGAGCCCACAAAAAGGCCCUACACGACUGUGGGACCUUAGGUUUAGUAGCUGUAUAUUUAUCUUACACUUAAUGUUUAGUUUAGUCAUAGCUGGUAAUGAACUUUGGCCCAUGGAGCGGCCAGAUGGGAUGCCCAAUAUCGUUUCGCUGGAGGUGAUGUGCGGCAAGGAUCACAUGGAUGUCCACCUCACCUUUUCGCAUCCCUUCGAGGGCAUUGUCAGCUCCAAAGGACAACACAGCGAUCCGCGCUGCGUUUACGUGCCGCCUUCGACGGGCAAAACGUUCUUCUCCUUCCGCAUCUCGUACUCCCGCUGCGGCACCAAGCCGGAUCUCAACGGGCAGUUCUACGAGAACACGGUGGUGGUCCAAUACGACAAGGAUCUGCUGGAGGUCUGGGACGAGGCCAAGCGAUUGCGCUGCGAGUGGUUCAACGACUACGAGAAGACGGCCUCCAAGCCGCCAAUGGUCAUUGCCGAUCUCGAUGUCAUCCAGCUAGAUUUCCGGGGUGACAACGUGGACUGUUGGAUGGAGAUUCAGCAUGGCAAGGGACCCUGGGCGCCGCCAGUCAGUGGCAUUGUGCCACUGGGCUCCACUCUGACCCUGGUGGUGGCCAUCAACGAUUACCGAGGCGAAUUCGACAUGCGCGUCAAGUCCUGCGUGGCCUCCGAUGGAUCCGGGCAUGUGAUCAACCUCUCCGACGAGUUCGGCUGCGUGCUGCGACCCAAGAUGAUCUCGCGCUUCCUGAAGGCCCGUGCCCCCGACGAGAGGGCCACCGUGAUCACCUACGCCUUCUUCCACGCCUUCAAGUUCCCCGACGCCCUGAGUGUGCACAUCAAGUGCAAGGUGGAGAUCUGUCGUCACGGCUGCCUCGAUCAUUGCCAGAACUCGGGAGUGGGUGGAGGUGGCUCAUCCGGAGAGACCCUGGGCCUCGGGCUCGGCCUGACCAAUGCCAACGAGCGCAAGGAUGUCCACAUGUCCGAUGCGUUGGGCAGCAGCAGCAACGAUCUGCUCAGGGAUCUCGCCCUGCCGCCCGGAGGUCAACAUGGCAUGGGCAUGGGCUUGGGCAUGGGAAUGGGACCGGAUCACGAUAUCUUCUACGAGGACAUCAUCCACGAUCACAAACAGACGCUGGGCGCUGGCGGUGGACAGCCUGGCGGGGAUUAUGGCCACGAGAAGAGCGUCAAUCUGCAGCCACGCCCAGUGCACGAGGAGCAGGAGGAGGCGGAUCUGUCCGAUCUGUUUGGCGACGAGGAUCUGGCCGAUCUGGACAUGGAGGGCGGCGAGGGAGAGCGUUACUUGGGCCUGAAGAAGAGCGGCAAGUUCCCGCACGGACCCAGGCAGCUGGAGGCCCAGAAGAGGAUGGGUGUUCCGAUGGCGGGGCCGCGUUCCCUGGAGCCACAUGACCGAAAUGAGGAUGGGGAUGGGGAUGAGGAGGAGGUGCCCAGACCCGUUUACAGGCCACAGGCGGAGGCCCUGAAGAAGCCACGCGAGGAUCACAUUGAUUUGGACAAGGAGGAGGGGGAGAAGGAUCAAGAGAAGGACCAAAAGCUGGAAGAGGGAGCCACUGCCUCCCCGAAGAGCCUGCGCCGGCGCCGUCGAUCCCUAGUGAUUUCCGAUCGCAAGGUGCGCAGCGCCGACGUCGGCGUCAGCGGCCUCUACGACGUCAUCUCCGAGGCCGACCUGGCCUUCUCGCCGGACUCCAAGCAGGAGGCGGUGACCGUCUUCCAGGGCAAGAUCAGCGAGGAGGUGGUCUACGGCAUCUGCAUGCCCGUUCCCGGCUUCAGCAUCCUCUUCAUCGUCGUCAUCUCGGCGACGAUCGUCUCCGCUUUGGUGGCCGGUUCGCUGUUAUAUCGCUAUCAGCUGCAGAAGGAGGCGCUCGAUAAGCAGGCGCCGAUGCCGCCCGUCACCGGAACACUGGCCUCCUGGAUGACCUUGCGGCUCUUCCGCCUGCGACACUUGCAACAGCAACAGCAACAGCAGCAGCAGCAACAAGUGAGGCAGCCGAGUUCAGGACACGAAACAGUCCAGUGAAAAAUGGAAAUCAAAAUAGUAAUCGAAAUUGCAAUCGGAAUAGUAAUCGAAAUCUUUAGCAAAAUCAAAUCAUGUUGCCCACACAUCGUCGUCGUCGUCGUCUAUGCCUUCCAUUAUUAUUUAUUUAUUAUGAUUAUUGUUUUUUUUUUUGAAGAUAUUAUUGGGUUGUUUGUUCAGGAUCCUGAUCCAGACAAAGAGAUAUGGUGCAGAUAUCAGAUAUCAGAGAUCGGGCAACAAGGCAAUACUCGAGAACUGCUCGUUUCGGUGCUGAAAAUGAAAAAAUGAAAAUG